AUGGAAGGAAAACACAGUGAAAAGAUGCACGAGGAUUUCGAGAAAACAAGAGAAGAAGUCCAUGAAGGUGCAGAUGAAUUCGAAGAAGGAAUGCAUAAGUUUGGAAGAGAAGUGCACAACGAUGCAAGAGAACUGCACAGAGAAUCAGAUUAUAUAAAUAAAAGAGUAGAAAACUGGGUUGAUAAUCUAGGUGAAAAGAUUAAAAGUGCUUUUCACGAUUCAGAUGAUACAAACUAUUAA